AUGGCAUCCACCACGCGAGCUCUUCGCCAGGCCAGCGGCAUCCUGCGACGAGACUGCGCCCCGAUUGUCCGGCCCUCUCUCCGCCCAUUCUCUGCCCGCACCGGCGCAAUCACUGCCCGGCAACAUUUGCUGGCCUCGAAGCCACCUUCGUGGCAGCAAGUGAGGAAAUUCACACGAUCUGCACGACGGUGCGCGCUGGUGGAAGAGGCACCACGUCCGGAGGCUUACCUCGAGAGUGGUGCAAUCGACUAUGGCAAGAACCUGGUGGAUGUCAAGAAGGUGCUAGUCAUUGGAAGCGGUGGGCUCAGCAUUGGACAAGCUGGAGAGUUCGACUACUCUGGAUCACAGGCCCUGAAGGCUCUGAAAGAAGCCGGUGUCAAAUCCGUGCUCAUCAACCCUAACAUCGCGACCAUCCAGACCGACCACAAGCUUGCCGAUGAAGUCUACUAUCUCCCAGUCACGCCCGAAUAUGUGACAUAUGUGAUCGAGCGGGAGAAGCCGGAUGGCAUUCUCCUCAGCUUCGGCGGUCAGACUGCCCUCAACCUGGGUGUCAAGAUGAACAAGAUGGGCAUCUUCGAUCGGUACAAUGUCAGGGUCCUAGGAACAAGCAUCAAAACCCUUGAAACCAGUGAAGACCGAGACCUCUUUGCGAAGGCUCUCAAUGAGAUCAACAUCCCCAUCGCCCAGUCCAUCGCAGUGAGCACUGUCGAGGAAGCCCUAGAGGCUGCUGCAAAUGUUGGGUACCCGAUCAUUGUUCGCUCAGCAUACGCCUUGGGAGGUCUCGGCUCAGGAUUUGCCGCCAAUCCCGAAGAGCUCAGCAAUUUGUCCUCCCAGUCUCUGUCGUUGUCUCCACAGAUCCUGGUCGAGAAGUCGCUGAAAGGCUGGAAGGAGGUCGAAUACGAAGUCGUCCGUGAUGCAGAGGACAACUGCAUUACCGUCUGCAACAUGGAGAACUUUGACCCGCUUGGUAUCCACACCGGAGACAGCAUUGUGGUCGCCCCGAGUCAAACGUUAAGCGACGAGGAGUACCACAUGUUGCGAACGGCAGCCAUCAAGAUUGUCCGUCAUCUUAAAGUGGUGGGUGAGUGCAACGUUCAAUACGCCCUGCAACCGGACGGCCUCGAUUAUCGUGUCAUCGAGGUCAAUGCCCGGCUUUCCCGCUCGUCCGCCCUAGCAUCGAAAGCGACGGGAUAUCCUCUGGCGUACACUGCGGCGAAGAUCGGCCUCGGUCAUACCCUCCCGGAGCUCCCAAACGCCGUGACCAAGACCACCACUGCCAACUUUGAGCCAAGUCUGGACUAUAUCGUGGUGAAAAUCCCUCGGUGGGAUCUGUCAAAGUUCCAGCACGUCAAGCGUAGCAUUGGCAGUGCCAUGAAGUCGGUGGGAGAGGUCAUGGCCAUUGGUCGCACCUUCGAAGAGUCCUUCCAGAAAGCUAUCCGUCAAGUCGACCCUCGCUAUGUGGGAUUUCAGGGUGACAAGUUCGAUGACUUGGACGACGUCCUCCGAAAUCCCACAGAUCGGAGGUGGCUCGCCGUGGGUCAAGCCAUGAUCCACGAGAAUUAUUCUGUGGACAAGAUUCAUGACUUGACCAAGAUCGACAAGUGGUUUCUUCACAAGUUGCAGAAUCUCAAGGAUACCAUGACUGAGAUCCAGGACAUCGGCAACCUCAACGGUGUCAAGCAUGAGUUGAUGCUGAAGGCCAAGAAGCAAGGGUUCUCCGACAAGCAGAUUGCAAUGUAUGCAAACUCAACCGAAGGAGAAGUCCGGGCUCGUCGCCAAAAGUUCGGUAUCAGACCUUGGGUGAAGAAAAUCGAUACACUGGCGGCGGAGUUCCCUGCAGACACGAACUACCUGUAUACGACAUACAACGCCUCAUCGCACGAUGUCACCUUCGAGGAUAAGGGCACCAUAAUUCUCGGUUCCGGAGUCUACCGUAUCGGAUCCUCCGUCGAGUUCGACUGGUGUGCUGUCAAUGCCACCUUGUCUUUGCGCAACAUGGGGCAAAAGACUGUGAUGAUCAAUUACAACCCGGAGACCUACAGCACUGAUUUCGACACGGCCGACAAGCUCUAUUUCGAAGAGCUAUCGUAUGAGCGGGUUAUGGACAUCUAUGAGCUCGAGAGUGCCUCGGGCGUGGUGGUCAGUGUCGGAGGCCAACUACCGCAGAACAUCGCGCUCCGACUGCAAGAAGAGGGCAAGGCCAAUGUGCUAGGCACCGAUCCUGUGGACAUCGACAAAGCGGAAGAUCGGCACAAAUUCUCACAAAUCUUGGAUUCAAUCGGCGUCGAUCAACCAGCCUGGAAAGAGCUGACCUCAGUUGCAGAAGCAGAGGCUUUUGCCGACUCUGUGGGUUAUCCCGUUCUUGUUCGACCUUCUUACGUCCUGUCGGGCGCUGCUAUGUCAGUCAUUUACAACCAUGACGAGUUGAAGGACAAGCUGGAGUCUGCCUCGGCCGUCUCUCCCGAUCAUCCCGUUGUCAUCACCAAAUUCAUCGAGGGCGCCCAAGAAAUAGACGUCGACGCCGUCGCAUCCAAAGGAGAACUCAUUCUGCAUGCGGUGUCUGAGCACGUCGAGUCCGCAGGUGUCCACUCUGGAGAUGCCACACUUGUGCUGCCUCCUGCGAACCUUGACGACAAGGUGAUGGCUCGCGUCAAAGAAAUUGCAGAGAAAGUCGCCAAGGCGUGGAGUAUUACGGGGCCCUUCAACAUGCAAAUCAUCAAGGCUGAUAGGCCUGGCGAAGAGCCUGCCUUGAAGGUCAUCGAGUGCAACCUCCGUGCCUCUCGAUCAUUUCCCUUUGUGAGCAAAGUCCUUGGAACCAAUUUCAUUGACACGGCCACCAAAGCGUUGGUGGGUCAAAACGUGCCCGAACCUCGGGACCUCAUGGCUCAGAAGCGCGACUACCUUGCCACCAAGGUGCCUCAGUUCUCUUGGACUAGAUUGGCCGGAGCCGAUCCCUUCUUGGGCGUGGAGAUGAGCAGCACGGGCGAGAUUGCGUGCUUUGGAAAGGAUUUAAUCGAAGCAUAUUGGGCAUCGCUCCAGUCGACCAUGAACUUCCGUAUGCCAGAACCUGGCGAGGGUAUCCUGCUUGGCGGGUCGACCGAGCUCCCUGAGCUGCCGAAGAUUGUGGAAUACCUCCAGCCACUCGGCUACAAGUUCUAUGCUGCAAGCAAGGGCGUGAAGGACCAUCUGGCCAAGUCAGGAGCCUCGAUUGAAGUCAUCGAGAUCCCCACGACGGACAAGAACAAGCUCCGACAAGUUUUCCAGAAGUACGACAUCAGGGGAGUCUUCAACAUCGCCAAGACUCGCGGUAAGACCCUGGUGGACGAGGACUAUGUGAUGAGACGGAACGCCGUGGACUUUGGGGUGCCUCUGUUCAUGGAACCUAAGACGGCCUUGCUCUUCGCACAAUGCAUGAACGCCAAGCUGCCCCGAGCGGAAGGCAUCCCGCCAGAAGUGCGAACCUGGAGCGAGUUCGCCGGGAACAGGAUGAUGUGA